AACUAGUCCAUUGCAAUAUGGCACUUUUUUAUUUGAUUGCAGGUUGGAUUGGUUAUGUUCUUAUGUGCCUACUUGGUUUGAUUUUGAUCGCAUUUCUCUGUUUUUGUCUGUACAUAAAAUAUAUUCAUUUGAAAUAUGAUCACAUACCGGGACCACCAAGGGAUAGGUAAGUCAUUAUGUAACCUGAACAUUUCUUUUAAAUACUGUAGCUAGAAGUUAUUUUCAUCUAGCUAUAUUGAGUUACAUAAGGAUUAGGGGAACUAGAUAAAAGUUAGCCUUAACACCCGCCAGGGGACGCUGUUUCACCUGUCUUUAGCGUUUUCACUGAGUGAACUUGGGUGAAAGGAUCACUCACAUAACGUCCUUAUUUGUCAGUUAUGGCGUAAACGUCUCUUGUUAUCCCCCAGUUUUAUAUUCGGACAUGCCGCAACCAUCUUGAGGGAAACUAGAAAUGGUGGAGUUAUCAACGACAAAUUCCUGGAAUGGUGAGCUGAAUGCUAUGGAGCAGUUGUGAUGGUGGCCAAGACACACACACACAAACACACACACAUACAAGUUGUCAUGGGACAAUACAAAUAUUUUAUAUUCUAUUUAGUCUAUUCUAUUCUAUCGUUGACAGGUCUGAGACAUAUGGACCGGUGUACCGUAUCAACAGUAUGCACAUUGUGAUGCUGUUUGUCACCUGCCCUGAUACCACCAAGGUAAACCUGUGCCUGAAUAUUUCACACAUCUGGUUUAAAGGAAGAAGUUAAGCAUCUGUCCAUUUCUUUGUACUAUUUUACAAAGAAAAUACCCAGUGAUUUCAGUCUGUACUGUACCCUAAAAUAAAGUGCCCAUUUCGCCCACAAACUAAACAGACAUUUUGCUUUCUCGUCACAGGAGGUGCUCAUGUCACCAAAGUACCCCAAAGACUCACUGGUAUACAAGGGUCUUUUCGAGCUAUUUGGAGAGAGGUGAUUCCUGAAUAUGUUGUGUCAUUUGUGCUAUAUCAACAUAUAACAAUUACUGCCACCGACCUCAUACCAUUACAUCUGCAUUUUUUUUAUUGUGUUGACGUUUCGGUCGGUACAAUCUUUUCCAAUACAUUCAAUCUGAAUGCUGUCUGACUUACAUUAAAGCUGCCUAGAUAUUAAAACUGGACCCCUUGGUCAUUGAUCAGUUUAUUCAGUGUCAGGGUAAAUACUCUGCAGUCCUGCUUUUCCGUAGGUUUCUGGGAAGGGGUCUGAUUACGGCUCAUGAUCAUGAUGUGUGGUACAAACAGCGAAGGAUCAUGGACCCUGCCUUCAGCAGUCUGUAAGUUACUUAUCUAUUUCACAUGAUGUAAUAAUCAAUUGAUCAAUGGAUCUGUUUGUCUGUCUGUCUGUCUGUCUGUCUGUCUGUCUGUCUGUCUGUCUGUCUGUCUGUCUGUCUGUCUGUCUGUCUGCCAGUCAACCAAUCCACCCACCCACCCUCCCACCUAUCCAUCAAUCCAUCCAUCCAUCAAUUUAUCCUUCCAUCAUGCUGUGUAUUGCUAGGUACCUGCGGGGUCAGAUGGGUACAUUUAACGAGAGGGCAGAGCGUCUGAUGGAUAAACUGGCGGACAUGGCUGACACCAACACAGCCGCCAACAUGCACCACAUGUUCAACUGUGUGACCCUUGAUGUCAUCACCAAGGUAACGAAUGGUCCUUCUUGUUACCUCCAGAUCAACACAAUCCCCCUACCAGUUUAAUAUUUCACAUAAAGCUGUCUUCAUGAUAUGACAAACAGGAAAACCAGUCAUAAUGAUACAUUUUCAGGUUAUGACAACUGAUUUACACAGUUCUUAUGCAAGUUAGGCUGUAGUCUAGCUGUUAGGGAGCAAAGCCAGUGAGGUAGCCAUUAUAAUGUGUAACUAGGACUCAGAGUUGUCCCCUGGUGGUCAGGUGUUAUUAUGACAUGCUAAUAAACUGUAUUUGAAACAUGAAAGGCGCUCAUAAUAAAUGCAUCAUCAUCAUUGUUGUUAAUUUGUUUUUCUACUUUACCUGUAGGUGGCAUUUGGAGUGGAUCUGGAUCUGCUGAAGGAGAGUGACACUCCGUUCCCCAAAGCCAUAGAGAUGUGUCUGAAGGGAAUGGUCCACUAUUUCAGAGACCCCACCUUCCAGGUAAAUAGUGACAUAAUCUUGGUUAACCCAGAACUAAAAUCUUGCGUAAUUUGGGGUUUCUUGGUCUAUAUGUGUUAGAAAUUGAGAGUUGCAAAAGGAAAUGUUCAGCCUCCCCCUUCUGAUCUGUGUGAAGCGAAGCACUGCCUUUACCGAAUCCUGAUACGUCCAAAUAACCAGUGACGAAAACCCCAAACACCUUAACCACAGAUAGAACAAUGAGACAGAUAUUUCACCGGAUGUAUAAUUGUGAAGCAUCCACUUGGCGUUUCCACUCACUACCAAAUAUGGUAGUGAGAGGAAGCCCAGUGGCCGGCAGUGGGAGAAGAUGGAACGAGAUAGAUUUUGGCCAACAUUCUACUAAUUUUCUCACUGAUGAAACAUUUGAUCUCUAUACAGUUUGCUGUUCCCAAAACUACAAUCUGUCCCGGUCUGCGCUAGUGGUAGGCCCAGCAGCACUGCAUUGGCAAAACCGGGCAGGGUAAUUCAUAUACCAUUUGUUUUGUUUAUGGGGAAAGAAAACUGGGGGGGGGGGGGGGGGGGGCACAAAUUCUAUCAGUGGGGUCAAUGUCCGGCUUUGCCACACCGUAGAGCCGGCCGUGGAUGGCAUCCUUAAUGUAUUUAUUUUAUAAGCACACAUACAGUUAACACAUUGGCACACUGAAUCAUCAACAGACAGAUGUAAUGCUCCAUAAUGCUUCAUAAAAUGUAUAGCAUCAGUCCCUGGAUGGGCUAUAAAUAUGGUCAAAUUCCAUAUUUCCCUAAUCUAAUAAUUACAUUUUGUUGAAUGUCAUAUUAGCUCUACCCAAAGAACAAGAAGUUCAUCAACGAGGUGAAGAAGUCUGUUCAGCUACUGCGUACUACAGGCAGACAGUGGAUCAACAAGAGGAAAAUGGACAUCCAAAAUGGCGAGGAUGUUCCUAAAGAUAUCCUGACACAGAUCCUCAAGACGGCUGGCAAAGGCACGUUGUAGUAGCCUGGUCCCAGAUCUGUUUGCGCUGUCUUGCCAACUCCUAGAGUUUGCAAGACAAGACAGCACAAACAGAUCUGGGUCCAGGCUAACAUUGGAGACCUUUUACUUUGUGGCUCUGCAUGUGACAUUGUGAGCUAAAACAGUCAUGUUAUUGAUGAGGUUCAGUAGCACUAUUGUCUCAAUGCUGUAAACUUGUAUAUAUUCAUCAUUUCAGAAGAAAACACAGGAAGUGAAGAUGAGGAGCUUAUGCUGGACAACUUUGUAACGUUAUUCAUUGCGGGUGGGUCUCCAUAAAAAAAAUUCCCCACACAAUUAAAGAUUCAGCAGCUAGAGUUACCUUAACAUCCUUUACUGUGCUGUUUUCCUCUUGAAAGGGCAAGAGACAACAGCCAAUCAACUAGCUUUUGCCGUCAUGGAACUGGGAAGGCUGCCAGAGAUAUUGGCAAAGUAGGUCUUCAUCAUACCUCUUUUUGUUUAUUGAUCAUUUCCAUAAUACAAAAUACUUUGGUUGAGUUUCUGAGUGUCUGUAACUUCUCCAGAGUGAAGCAAGAAGUGGAUGAUGUCAUCGGGAUGAAACAGGAAAUCAGCUUUGACGACCUGGGGAAAAUGACCUACCUGUCUCAGGUACGGUGACUUAAUUGAUAGUUUUUAUACUAUAUUAACUGUAGUUGUGACAGAAUCAUUAGAUCACUUGUUUUGGUACUGCCCAUAUGUAGCUUGUUUUUGGUCGCAGGUUCAGGAAUGGCUGAAAAAUUGCAACAUUUAGUUAGUGCUAACUCUGCAAAUAGCACUGCUGGGUGAUUUGAAAAGUCAUAGUUAAUCGAUCAAUAAAAUAAUAAAACUCUUAGCAAAGGUGUUUAUCUUUAGGUUCAGAACUUUUGUGAAACAUUUUAGAAAAAAAUAUGGCAGCUAGAAAUCGAAACUGGAUGGUGUUCAGAGAUAGAUGGGAGGGGAUGAGGGAAGCUGAAGGCUGGGACUAAAAACAAACAAAAUAUAACUAAUGCUAGGGUUAGGGGAAAAUAAUAAAGAAGGAAAAUAUAUUUUAAAAUAUAUUUAUUUAAAAUAAUAUAUAUAUAUAUAUAUAUAUAUAUAUAUAUAUAUAUAUAUAUAUAUAUAUAUAUAUACAGUUGAAGUCAGAAAUUUAAAUACACUUAGGUUGGAGUCAUUAAAACUCAUUUUUCAACCACUCCACACAUUUCUUGUUAACAAACUAUAGUUUUGGCAAGUCGGUUAGGACGUCUAAUUUGUGCAUGACACAAGUAAUUUUUCCAACAAUUGUUUACAGACAGAUUAUUUCACUUAUAAUUCACUGUAUCACAAUUCCAGUGGGUCAGAAGUUUACAUACACUAAGUUGACUGUGCCUUUAAACAGCUUGGAAAAUUCCAGAAAAUGAUGUCAUGGCUUUAGAAGCUUCUGACAUCAUUUGAGUCAAUUGGAGGUGUACCUGUGGAUGUAUUUCAAGGCCUACCUUCAAACUCAGUGCCUCUUUACUUGACAUCAUGGGAAAAUCAAAAGAAAUCAGCCAAGACCUCAGAAACAAAAUUGUAGACCUCCACAAGUCUGGUUCAUCCUUGGGAGCAAUUUCCAAAUGCCUGAAGGUACCACGUUCAUCUGUACAAACAAUAGUAUGCAAGUAUAAACACCAUGGGACCACGCAGCCGUCAUACCGCUCAGGAAGGAGACGCGUUCUGUCUCCUAGAGAUGAAUGUACUUUGGUGCGAAAAGUGCAAAUCAAUCCCAGAACAACAGCAAAGGACAUUGUGAAGAUGCUAGAGGAAACAGGUACAAAAGUAUCUAUAUCCACAGUAAAACGAGUCCUAUAUCGACAUAACCUGAAAGGCCACUCAGCAAGGAAGAAGCCACUGCUCCAAAACCGCCAUAAAAAAGCCAGACUACGGUUUGCAACUGCACAUGUGGACAAAGAUCGUACUUUUUGGAGAAAUGUCCUCUGGUCUGAUGAAACAAAAAUAGAACUGUUUGGCCAUAAUGACCAUCGUUAUGUUUGGAGGAAAAAGGGGGUUACUUGCAAGCUGAAGAACACCAUCCCACCGUAAAGCACGGGGGUGGCAGCAUCAUGCUGUGGGGGUGCUUUGCUGCAGGAGGGACUGGUGCACUUCACAAAAUAGAUGGCAUCAUGAGGAAGGAAAAUUAUGUGGAUAUAUUGAAGCAACAUCUCAAGACAUCAGUCCGGAAGUUAAAGCUUGGUUGCAAAUGGGUCUUCCAAAUGGACAAUGACCCCAAGCAUACUUCCAAAGUUGUGGCAAAAUGGCUUAAGGGCAACAAAGUCAAGGUAUUGGAGUGGCCAUCACAAAGCCCUGACCUCAAUCCUAUAGAACAUUUGUGGGCAGAACUGAAAAAGCAGGUGCGAGCAAGGAGGCCUACAAACCUGACUCAGUUACACCAGCUCUGUCAGGAGGAAUGGGCCAAAAUUCACCCAACUUAUUGUGGGAAGCUUGUGGAAGGCUACCCGAAACGUUUGACCCAAGUUAAACAAUUUAAAGGCAAUGCUACCAAAUACUAACUUCUGACCCACUGGGAAUGUGAUGAAAUAAAUAAAAGCUGAAAUAAAUCAUUCUCUCUACUAUUAUUCUGACAUUUCACAUUCUUAAAAUAAAGUGUUGAUCCUAUCCUAAGACGGAAUUUUUACUAGGAUUAAAUGUCAGGAAUUGUGAAAAACUGAGUUUAAAUGUAUUUGGCUGAGGUGUAUGUAAACUUCUGACUUCAACUGUAUAUAUAUAUAUAUAUAUAUAUAUACAGUGGGGAAAAAAAGUAUUUAGUCAGCCACCAAUUGUGCAAGUUCUCCCACUUAAAAAGAUGAGAGAGGCCUGUAAUUUUCAUCAUAGGUACACGUCAACUAUGACAGACAAAUAGAGAAAAAAAAAUCCAGAAAAUCACAUUGUAGGAUUUUUAAUGAAUUUAUUUGCAAAUUAUGGUGGAAAAUAAGUAUUUGGUCACCUACAAACAAGCAAGAUUUCUGGCUCUCACAGACCUGUAACUUCUUCUUUAAGAGGCUCCUCUGUCCUCCACUCGUUACCUGUAUUAAUGGCACCUGUUUUAACUUGUUAUCAGUAUAAAAGACACCUGUCCACAACCUCAAACAGUCACACUCCAAACUCCACUAUGGCCAAGACCAAAGAGCUGUCAAAGGACACCAGAAACAAAAUUGUAGACCUGCACCAGGCUGGGAAGACUGAAUCUGCAAUAGGUAAGCAGCUUGGUUUGAAGAAAUCAACUGUGGGAGCAAUUAUUAGGAAAUGGAAGACAUACAAGACCACUGAUAAUCACCCUCGAUCUGGGGCUCCACGCAAGAUCUCACCCCGUGGGGUCAAAAUGAUCACAAGAACGGUGAGCAAAAAUCCCAGAACCACACGGGGGGACCUAGUGAAUGACCUGCAGAGAGCUGGGACCAAAGUAACAAAGCCUACCAUCAGUAACACACUACGCCGCCAGGGACUCAAAUCCUGCAGUGCCAGACGUGUCCCCCUGCAUAAGCCAGUACAUGUCCAGGCCCGUCUAAAGUUUGCUAGAGUGCAUUUGGAUGAUCCAGAAGAGGAUUGGGAGAAUGUCAUAUUGUCAGAUGAAACCAAAAUAUAACUUUUUGGUAAAAACUCAACUCGUCGUGUUUGGAGGACAAAGAAUGCUGAGUUGCAUCCAAAGAACACCAUACCUACUGUGAAGCAUGGGGGUGGAAACAUCAUGCUUUGGGGCUGUUUUUCUGCAAAGGGACCAGGACGACUGAUCCGUGUAAAGGAAAGAAUGAAUGGGGCCAUGUAUCGUGAGAUUUUGAGUGAAAACCUCCUUCCAUCAGCAAGGGCAUUGAAGAUGAAAUGUGGCUUGGUCUUUCAGCAUGACAAUGAUCCCAAACACACCGCCCGGGCAACGAAGGAGUGGCUUCGUAAGAAGCAUUUCAAGGUCCUGGAGUGGCCUAGCCAGUCUCCAGAUCUCAACCCCAUAGAAAAUCUUUGGAGUGAGUUGAAAGUCCGUGUUGCCCAGCGACAGCCCCAAAACAUCACUGCUCUAGAGGAGAUCUGCAUGGAGGAAUGGGCCAAAAUACCAGCAACAGUGUGUGAUAACCUUGUGAAGACUUACAGAAAAUGUUUGACCUGUGUCAUUGCCAACAAAGGGUAUAUAACAAAGUAUUGAGAAACUUUUGUUAUUGACCAAAUACUUAUUUUCCACCAUUAUUUGCAAAUAAAUUCAUUAAAAAUUCUACAAUGUGAUUUUCUGGACUUUUUUUCUCAUUUUGUCUGUCGUAGUUGACGUGUACCUAUGAUCAAAAUUACAGGCCUCUCUCAUCUUUUUAAGUAGGAGAACUUGCACAAUUGGUGGCUGACUAAAUACUUUUCCCCCCCACUGUAUAUAUAUAUAUAUAUAUAUAUAUAUAUAUAUUUACAAUAAAUGAUGCAGACAAUUACAUUGAUAGAACCCACAAUCUAUCUGUAAUAUUAAAGCUGAUCUACCCCCUAAAGAAAAAGCAAGUUGUGACAAACCGGGUUUUAACCCGGAUCAUCUGUGUACCACAAUGCCUCUAAAUUGUAUUAGUCCACUGAGCUAAAGCCAAAGCGUUAGCUCGGGGAGCUAACACAAGUCCUCAGGUCUCAGGCCAGGUAACUCAACAUGUUGUGUUUGAUGAUCUAUCUAACCGUCAGGUGUUGAAGGAGACUCUGAGGUUGUAUCCCACGGCUCCCGGGACGUCUCGCUUCAUCCCCAAUGACAUCACCAUCAACGGUAUCCCCAUCCCUGCUGGAGUCACAUGCUUCGUGAGUUACCUCAACACCACUGUCAAGUGUUUUUGUAAUAUUUGUUCAUAUUGUGAAACAUCACAGCACAGUGGAAAAUAUAUAUGGCAGCUAGAAAUCAAAACUGGAUGGUCUUCAGAGAUAGAUGGCAGGGGUUGAGUGGAGCUGAAGACUGGGACUAACAACAAACAAAAGAUAACUAAUGUAAAAAAUACUGUCUGUGAAAUGUAUGUAGUAUAUACUGUAUAAGCUGGAAGUAGAAGCCUAAGUAUUGUUGUCCAUUAGUUUACUCCAAUUAGAGGAGGGGUGGUAGGGUUAGGGGAAAAUAGUAAAGAAGGAAAAGAUAUUUAAAAAUAUAUAUAUUUUAAAUAUAUAUAUAUUUUAAAAUAUUUUUUCCUUCUUUACUAUUUUCCCCUAACCCUACCACCCCUCCUCUGAAUGGGGGAUUGGAAAUGAUGCAGUCAAUUACAUUGAUAGAACCCACAAUCUAUCUGCAAUAUUAAAACUGAUCUACCCACCCCCCAAAAAAAAGUUCAGUAAAAAAAAUAGUACAUGUCUAAUUUGCUUUGGUACCUCAAUAUACUCCCAAAUAUUUAAUGGAUAGAUGUAGAAUUUUUCUCAAGCUUAUAUUUUCUGUUAGUCAGCACCUCAUCGACUAUUUUGGUGUUCCUCUACUGUACUCUACUCUAUUUCCUGAAUUGCGGUAUCUGCCGCUGUCUCACAUCUUUUAUGUUUGCCCCUGUCUUGUCUGUUCAUAGUUCAAUUCGUACAUCUGUGGACGGCUGGAUAAGUUCUUUGAGGAGCCGCUGAAGUUUGACCCAGAGAGGUUCCAUCCAGACGCUGCCAAGUAAGUGACCCAAUAUGGUUUUAUUGUUUCUUUACAACAUUUGAACGGAUUAAGAUCUAACUGACAUGUUAUGGAGGCUGUGUUUGUUUCUGUCCUGAAGACCCUAUUACUGUUACUUCCCCUUCGCCCUGGGACCACGCUCAUGUCUGGGACAGAGCUUCGCACAGGUGAGACACACACAGGAGCACGCACGCAUGUACACACACACACACACACACACGCGCGCGCACGCUCACACCAGAUUCGUUCUGUUGUUUGCAGAUAGAGGUGAAGGUAGUGAUGGCCAAGUUGCUCCAGAGGUUUGAUUUCAGCCUGCUGCCUGGCCAGUCCUUUGACAUCCUGGACACUGGCACUCUGAGACCAAAGAGUGGAGUGGUGUGUAACAUCAGAUACCGAGGACAAACAC